GAUGACAGAGAGAUAUUUGACUUUUAUGUAGAAGAGAAGACCAGAACACCAAGCCAUACACCUCUCUCUCUCUCUCUCUCUUCUUUCUCUCUCUUAAACUUGGGUGGGAAUUGGGAAAACGCCUCAAUUCUACGUACCCUCCUUUUCAAUUCUCUACCUUUAAAUACCAUUUUUCAUUUUUGUCAUUUUCUCAUUUUCAUGCCUCACCUUUCCCAGAAAAUUUUGAUAUUUUCUAGGGAAAAUUAUCUCUCUCUUUCUCCCUCCCUCCCGACCUCCUCCUCUCUCUCUCUCUCUGCUGAUCAGUUAUGGCAGCUACUUCUAACUUUGUUUUAGGUAAAGUUCCAGUAUAUUUGUUACCAUUAUUUUUAGUAGUAUUGGGCUGGGGUUCUCUGAACUGUUAUGGUUUCGGGACUUUCGGGUUCGAUAUCCACCAUAAAUUUUCGGAUCCCGUAAGGGAUAUUAUCGGUUAUGAUGAGGUACCACAGAAGGGGACUGUGGAUUAUUAUAAGGUUUUGGUCCAUGGAGACCACCUAAUUAAGGCUCGCCACCUCACCUCUGAUGAUCAGACCACACCGCUCGCAUUCUACCCUGGCAACGAAACAAUACAGCUAGGUGGCGUGUUUGGAUAUUUGCAUUAUGCCAAUAUAUCAGUGGGGACACCCAGUUCAUCAUACCUUGUGGCCUUAGACACUGGAAGCGAUUUGUUCUGGUUACCAUGUGAUUGUACCAGUUGUGUGGGUGGAGUAAGGUCUAGAGAUGGAAAUGUACGAGAGUUUAAUAUCUUCAGCCCUAAUACAUCAUCGACAAGUAAGAAGGUAUCUUGUAACAGCACCUUGUGUGAUCUACGACGACAAUGCCCUUCUGAAACUAGCACUUGUCCUUAUCAAAUUAAGUAUCUUUCUAAUGGCACAUCAUCUACUGGGUACUUGGUAGAAGAUGUAUUACACUUGAUUACUGAUGAUGCUAAAUUGAAAGGUGUUAAGGCUCCCAUUACUUUUGGUUGUGGUACAGUUCAGACUGGUUCGUUUUUAGAAGGUGCAGCUCCCAACGGUUUAAUUGGGCUUGGUAUAGAGGAUAUAUCUGUUCCUAGCAUCUUAGCAAAAGAAGGGUAUACGUCAAAUUCUUUUUCCAUGUGUUUUGGACAUGAGGGUGUAGGCAGAAUCAGAUUUGGAGACAAGGGAAGCUUGGACCAAGGAGAAACUCCAUUUAGUAUUAGAGAAACACAUCCAACUUACAAUGUCACUAUCACUCAAAUAAAUGUGGGAGGUACGGAUGCUAACCUUGAAUUCAGUGCAAUAUUCGACUCUGGUACCUCAUUUACAUAUCUAAACGAUCCGGCUUAUACACUGAUCUCUGAGAGUUUCAAUAAAAUGGCAAACGAAGAUCGGCAUUCAAGUAAUUCUAGUAUCCCCUUUGAGUAUUGUUAUGACUUAAGGCCAAACCAAACUUCUUUUGAAUAUCCCGCCCUGAAUUUUACAAUGAAAGGUGGUCAUAUAUACGCCGUUAAGGAUUCAGUUGUGGUGGUUUCUGAAAGGGGUGCACUUAUCUACUGUCUGGGUGUUGUCAAAAGCGAAAAUGUAAAUAUCAUUGGACAAAACUUCAUGACUGGUUAUCGUAUAACUUUUGAUCGUGAGAAAUUGGUCCUGGGGUGGAAGGAUUCCAACUGUUUCAAAGAAGAAGAAACUGCAACACUUCCUGUCAAGCCAUCUGGUUCGCCUGCCAUUUCCCCUGCAGGCACCCUUAGCCCAGAAGCCACAUCAGGCAGUGUCAACAAUUCUAUUAAACCAGAAGCUGCACCGCCUAGAAACCAUUCGUCGAAGCUGAACUCUUUCUCAUUCAUGUUCAUUCUACUGAUUACUUGUCCAUUAUUUGUCAUUGUUUGAUCAUUCUUUCUAUGUAGGCAGGUUUUCUCGGCCCCUGUAUCAUAUAUUCAUAUGUAUUAGUCGGUUUUUUUAUUGAGACAUAUACAACAAACAAAUAGGAUGUACCACAACAUCCUUUUUUUUUGGAAUGUCUAACGUUGGUAUAAACAUGGGGUUGUAUAUAUGCAUUGAUUAUGAGCAAAGACAGUAACAUCCAUAUAUUAAUUAUAGUUGAGUUAUUUUCCUUGGCUA